AACGAGGCAAACGCAUCACGCCUCUUUUGUCUCUUCCGUGUAGAUCUCGCUUCGUGUACCAGAAACCCCGGCCCUACCCGCACCCACACCCCCGGCUCGCCGGAGAAUAACGCUGCUGCCGUAAUCACGUAAAUUCGUGGGCAUGGAGGGCGUGGGCGCGCGGCUAGGUCGCACUUCGGCACGCUACGGGCCGGCGACGACGUUCACGGGACCUGUUAGGAAGUGGCACAAGGAGUGGGUACCAGUGGUCGCCGCCGCCGUCAAUACCAACGCCAGCGCCAACGGUGGCGCGGCGCCCUCCACGGGGACGGGAUCUGGCGGAGGAUCCCGUGGGAAUAAUCUUCUCCUGUUUAAGUGGACCCCGGUGAACGGGGCUAACGGGGGAGGAGGGGAAGGGGAGCAGCAGCAGGCGGCGGAGACGGCCACGAGACGCAGGCGUUAUGUGCCGGUUUCUUUAAUGGAAGAGCAAAGACAAGAAUCUACCAAAUCUGAUGAUGAGAAUAAGGCUAAUGAUGGUGAUCCAUCUUCGAACGAAACUGAGCCAUCAAAUGAAAAGACUGAUAUCAAUGGUACACCUAUGGAUGAAUCUCAGGCAUCAGAUGAGGAUGGUCGAAACUCUGGUAAAAAUGGCGGUGAAACAGACCUAAAUUUGAAUUUAGGUUUGAAAGACCCGGACGGUGAUAAUGAAGUUGAGACAACCGAGAAACAUGAAGCGGCAAACAAUCCGCUGACAGAGAAUAGAUCCAAGAGGAAAUCCGUAACCCCUGACCUUGAGAUGAGAAUGUAACCCGGCAGUUUCAUUUGUCUAAUUUUUACUAUUUGCCAUGAGCCCAUGAGGUUUGUAACUUAGGUACAUGCUCAUCGUAGAAACAUUUCAGUAAAAUUAAUUACAGGACAUACAAUAGUGUGAACUGUCUGAACUUUUUUUUCCUUAAAUACGGAGGAGAAUUGUCUAAAGUCAAUGCCAAAUAUAAUUUAAUUUUCCAGAGGUUUUUGGAAUCGGAAAA